GGCAAUUUCAGAAUCCGUCUGCAAUUGAAUCUAAUAUCGAUGCUGCCCUUACUUAUUAGGUAAUCGUGUUGUCUGAAAAUAUGUCAGCCAUACAUACCACAAUGACGUUGUUGAUUGGCUCCCCACGAAUAGCCACAAUAUCAACACUGCACUCAUUGUUCUUCGAAAUUGUGACAUUCGACAUUUCAAAGCACCAUCUUCCUGCCUACCACUCACUAAACUUCUCCCAACAGUCUUUAACAAGAAUUGAUAUAUAGUUUGAGCCACCAUGAAGGCGGCUAUCGCUAUUCCGGUCACUCUGGCUAUGGUGUAUAGAGCUGGAUCGCACAAAAGUUUAACUCCUGCCGGCAUUGUUGCAGCUGUUUUCACAGCUGCCGCACACGCUUUACAUCCUUGGAAUUUGCCCUUUGCGCUUUUGAUCAUAUUCUAUCUCAUUGGCACAAGAGUUACUAAGGUCAAACAUGAUGUCAAGGCUAAGCUAACGGUGCAAUCCACCGGGUCUGCUGGAGGCGAAGGAGCUCGUACUCAUACGCAAGUUAUUUCGAAUUCUGCCGUUGCCUCUGUUCUUACCCUUAUGCACGCAUAUCAACUACACAAACGAGAGAACGAACCAGAUUCGUCUAACGGCGCGUGUUACACAUGGGGUGGUGAUCUUCUUGUAGUGGGAAUAAUAGCAAAUUACGCAGUUGUUGCGGCGGACACAUUUAGCUCGGAACUUGGAAUUCUAUCUUCAGCCCACCCACGGCUUAUUACAUCCCCGACUCUGCGAAAAGUACCACCGGGAACAAAUGGAGGUGUUACGGUUUGGGGUCUUGUGGCAGGCCUACUAGGUUCUCUUAUCAUAGCUACUGUUUCUAUGGCUCUGGUACCAUUCUGUAGCCCUAAAGAAUUUGCGGAAAAUGGAUGGUCCUUCUUACAGCGACAACGAUUUACCUAUGCGUUGACCAUAUGGGGAGCUCUUGGAAGUGUGGUGGAUAGCUUCUUAGGCGGUUGGUUCCAGAUGAGCGUUGUGGAUACAAGGACUGGACGUAUCGUAGAAGGACAAGGUGGAAAACGCGUAUUGGUAGUUGCGGGUGAUCCUAUCGGUCUGCACCAGGGAAAGAGCAACCAGCCCGAUGCUUCCAAAACUCCACUUAAGUCCAGUCUCAAGCCUGGCCACCCAAGUCGAAUCAUUGAGAACGGAUAUUUAAACAUCCUUGAUAAUAAUGAGGUCAAUUUUCUUAUGGCAUUGACUAUGAGCUUGGGAGCUAUGGGUAUUGCAAGUUGGGUAUGGAAUGUCCCAUUUUCAAGCAUUUAUACUUUUUAAGGGACGGUGUGCCUACGGUUUUGAUCAAAACCAGCUGUAAUAAUGUACGCAUAGAUUCUAGAUGAAUGAUAUUUAAACAUAUUUUUUUCUCUCAAUGCUUCAUAGCAGGUUAUGGCA